GCUUUAAUCACUGACAAGGAAUACAUUUUGUCACAAAUGUUGCAACACAUUUUUAAUCCUGGCCACCAAAAUAAAUCUCUCAGUUCUUGAUACAUUUUUGUACUGCUUGGUUGAAUUUCAUAGCCAGAGAGGUUGUCAGUAAAGAUAUUCUUCUUGAGCUGGAAGAAAUGGAUAGGGUGUGCUAUAUUGAUGAUAUCCUAAAUUACAGAUCAUCUGCAGAGCAAAAAAUGCAGGAGCUUUCCAAGAUGAAAACUUCUACUACUGGAACAAAUGAUGAGAGGCUACCUUCUGCUUCUUAUGAAAAGCAGCAACAUGAUGACAGGUCAUCUAGCAGUGCUCGGGGAUGGUUGAAUUGGCUGUCACUGGGGAUGCUUGGAGCUGGUGGUACAGCUGACUCUAGUUCAUUUGCUGGUGUUGUUUCUGAUGAGAUCAUAAAGGAUAUUUAUGAGGCCACCGAGUUUAAUCCUGUUUGCUCUUUCACUGAGGAUUCCUGCAGAAGAGAGAAAUUUUUAUUCUCCGUCAGUCUCAACAUCUGUCAAAUUGGUGCUACGAUUUUGAGCAAGUACUAAAAAGAAUUAGCAAUUAUCUUUU